AUGGCAAGCAUGCGAUUGUUUCAGUUGGGAUUGCGACGGGCGGCGGCGCCGGCAAUGAAGAUCCAGCCCGCGGGACGCAGUUUGGUGCAGCGAAGACUCGCAACCUCCCAAGCCGAAGCUCAUGAAAUCCUCGUCAAGCAACGUAUCAACCGCCCUGUCUCCCCGCAUCUGUCCAUCUACAGGCCGCAAAUCACCUGGUACUCCUCGGGCCUCUAUCGUCUCACCGCUGUCAUCAUCACCGGAUCCUUCUACCUGUGGGGAUUCGCCUAUCUUGCAGCGCCAUACACCGGCUGGCAUCUCGAGACGCAGUCGAUGGUCGCCGCCGUCGCUGCAUGGCCCGCCGCUGUCAAGAUCGGAGUCAAGAGCUUCUUUGCGCUGCCGUUCUUCUUCCACGCAUACCAGGGAAUCAGGCAUUUGGUGUGGGAUUUUGGCAUUGGAAUGAAGAAUGCGGCGGUCAUCAAGUCGGGGUGGACCGCAAUCGCGUUGACGUUUAUUAGCACCUUUUACUACGUCUUUGCUGGUUAGAUGCAGCAGAGAGGGUUGGGUGGAUGCUAUUGAAUGUCCAAGAUCACAAUGGGUCCAGGUCAAAGAUUAAGAAUGGCGAAAUGAGAGGGAUGAACGAACCGGGCGAAUCGGGAAGAGAGAGAUGGAUGAAAUGGAUGCAGAAGUCGGGGAAUGCUUGGCAAGAGGCAGCCAUUGCGGCAGCAGAACAAACACUGUACAAUUUACAUGUUAAACGAAU